AUGAACGUGAAGAUUGCAGAGCUCUUGUGCCGAGGUCCAUGCUGCGCAGAAGGCUCGGCAUCGACCGGGUGGCCACGCGGGCACCCCCGACUCCUGCAAGGAAUUCGCCCUGCUGAAGCGGUGUGGCUGGGAGACCUUGUCCGUCUCCGCCCACCUCGCCAUCAGCUGGCAUCUUUCCUGAAGGUACCAACCAGCUUCGAAGACGAGGAGGAAGCUGCCAGCAAAGCUGAAGAGGAUGAGGUUCCACGGCCUCCAGACAGUCCGUUGAACAAUUUAGCGAAGUUCCGAAGCAAGCACGCGCGGACGCAGGACGGAUACCUCUGUGCCGCUGCUGGAGUGAAGGAUGAACAGGCUUUCACAGGCUGCACGGACCUGCCGGCACCAGAUGGCACCAACAUUGGGAGGAAAUGGUGUUACAUCGAACCAUCUCAAGUGGAAGCGGCAGGUGUGGUUCUUAGCGCAGGAGCUUCUUGCUUGCUCUGCUUCCGUUUCUGCUUCGGAGGCAAAGAGUGGGGAUGGUGCCGUGCCCUGUUCUCAGUAGAUGUUUGCUCAGUUGUGCUGGUCGUUGUAUCAUGUUGA